CGCAACUAAGACAUCACGGUCCUAUGUAGCAGCCCUCGCCUCACAAUGAUUCUCUCGGCCUCUAUACUGUCUAUCAUGAUUGCCGCCGCGGUUAUUGCACAAGAGCCAACACAAAUUCCUCCUGCAGGACCUGGGGAUCCAACGAACACCCAGAAGAUUGACCAAGAUACGCUAGCGCAGUCUGAUGGCACCGUGGCACCGUUGUCCACCGGUCUCACGACCUCUUACUCACAUCUGUUGUUCCCAACGGCAUCUGUGGUUGUGACAGAACUACGCAGUUCGCCUACACCACUUUCCGAUCUAUUAUCCGACGAUGAUUAUGGUUCGGUUCGCAUCUUGGGUUGGACAUACCGCAUAGACGGUAAUAGUCCAUAUAACCCAUUUUGGGCCCCGAUGACCUAUGCAGCUGAAUAUACCACUUAUUCCACAUCUAGCCGCUUUUUCGAGUUGUGUACCCAGAAAACCUGGGAUUCAACAGGAGACAAAUUCACGUUUAAGGAACCUUGCAUCCCUAUAUAUACCGAGUGUGGAGGAGGGUGGAUCAGAGGCCCUUCAACGUCAAAGCCUUGCGAAACUGCUGAAGCAUCGCAUAAAUCAUCAACUGAUCAAGAUAUCCUCCAGUACCGUCUUACUUCGUCGUGUAUCACCGACCUCCUCUAUUCUACGUACGGCGCUUGGGACCCUCUUUCGAGGAUCAGGUGCGAACGGCCCGACCUUGCGGGUGCUAGCCCUAACACAAUAUACAGAAUGAGCCCUACAGAGAAGCCUACAAUAAACUACGAACCUUCAUAUUCCCCGCAAUCCGGUAGCAACGAUAAAGACUCCCCACCUCUUGGAGUCUACAUAGGAGUCCCAUUAGGCCUCCUGGCUGCCGCUCUGAUCGCACUCCAGAUAUUACUCUGGAAAAGGAAGCGACAGGCGGAGAGAGUCACGGCUGCAAACGCUGGCGAAGAGGCAGAGACAGCCAGAAAUUCCGAGGACUUGCCCAAAUACACCGGCCCCGUUGCAGUUCCGGAUCCGGUUGUGCUUCCAGAUCAUCGGAUAGGAGACGACGACAUGUCUGUUCGAAGCACGGAUCCGCCGCCGUAUGCCCCUUGAGCGAAAGCUCCAAUAUUGGGCCGUGGAAGGCGGAGUACUGCUUGGAUCAUGGAAUGGAAGUUCCCGCUCCAUGAUCGUAGUCGCAAAGGGAAAUGAUAAUGGCG